AUGUCUACCGAAGAAACCGGUGGGGUCUCUUCCGGUGGAACUCUUCUUCGCAAUUCCCCUGAGAUCUCCUUGGGGGAAGAACAAUCUGGAUCCUCUGAAUCCUACGGGCUCGACGCUGAUCUUGCCCAGAUGGAUGCCACCUCCUCUGCUAUGGAAACUGACACCGGAAGAGGCCAGGAGGCCAGCAGCUCCAGCCAAGGUUCUGGGGUGAACCUGGCCGCGUACACCCGCGGAGCCUGGAAGGGCUCUGACGUGAAGCAACCGGAGAUCGACUGGCUGUACCGCUCCCGUAGGAUACCGGCACAGGUGGCCUGCCGGAUUCUAGGCGAUGAGCUGGAGCCGGUGCCCCUGGAGGGAGAGGUCGUCGAGCGCUUUCCUCGUAUCGCUGCUGAGGUACGAGAACCUUGUCGCAAGCACCGGUUAGACAAGGAGGAUCCGGACCCCUACGUCUCCAGGAGCUCCAAGAUGGGCCGGACUCACACCUCGCGCCCCGAUGCAGCUGACCCGAACCCUCAGGUCCAGGAGCAUGUUACCCCCCUCUCCGCUGAGGUGGGGCCUGAGUGGGUGAACAAGGCCCAGUCCCAAGCCGAGGGCUCUCGCAUCCGGAAGGCUCCGGAACCGGCGGCCGACGCUGGCGCCAGUGGUGCUCCCCCCGCCAAGCGGGUGAAGAAACCCUCCCUCGGGCCUCUCGGGCGGAAGCCCAAGAACAGGAUCCCGAAUUCCUCCGGAGCCGCCCUGGAACUCACCAGGAGCGCCACCGGAAUGAGGCCGGAGGCCCCCGCGGACACCGAGAGAGCUUCUCCCCCUCCUCCUCAGAGUCCGGUACCUUCGGGUGCCGGCAAAUCUCCAUCCUCCCUCCGGGGAGGAACCACAAGUUCGGGGUGCGCGGCCCCCAAAUCGCCUCAUCACCGCGCGGAGGAGAAACUUACCUCCCCUCCAGAACCACAAGACACCGGCGGCAGCCACAUGGGCGCCGGUUCAGAAGAUGCCGGGCGGCCGGAACCUUCGGUUCCGCCCGUCCAAGAGAAGAAGAAGAAGGCUAGCGCCUCCCCCUCCAAAGCUACUGCAGUUAUGCCUCCGCCUGCCAGCCGCGCAGCGACACCGACACCGGCGGCCGCCGAUGAAACUUCUGCUACGCCGCACAAGAAUCCUCCAGAGACGGUGACUGCGGAGCAGCUAACCGCGGUGGUCAAAGCCGCGACCGCGCCCGCGUCUAGCUCCCAGGCGCAGCCUCAGGCCCAGAGCCUGGUCCUCCAUACCGGCCGCGCCGCUGUGGUUGCCGGCGAAAAGGCUUCAGCCCAGCUUGGGCAAAUCGUGGAGCUGACGCGCGACGGCGCCUCCCUGGGCGCACUCCAGCGGCUAGUGGAGCGCUGGAAUCUUGCGGACCUUUCCGACGCCACCCUUGGUGUUGGGAAGGAUGGCAAGCCGAAGGUCGACCCGCGCGGCCAGCGGUCAACGGUGCAGCACUUUAGCCGGCUGAAGGCCGCCGUGAAGGAUUUCGACAACGCCUGGCACGAUGCCAGCGGCAACGUGGUGAGCGUGCUGGACAACCGCAAGCAGAUCUUCGAGGAGCUGCUGUGGGAGCACCAGGGCCUCAGCCAGGCGUUUUCCUCCCUCACGCUUGAGCACAGCCAGUGCCAAGCAUCGCUGCCGGAAUCCCCUGCCAAGGACCUUGCCGCCCAAGACGACCUUACCGCCAAGCACAGGCGCGAGCUCCAGGCCCAGCGGGAGGAAACCGCCAAGCUGAAGGAUCAAUUGAUCCAGGCUGGGUCUGAGCAUGCCAAGGCCGUGAAGGAGGCCAUUAGCGCCGGCAACGCCCAGGUUGAGGAGGCCCGGAAGCAACUUGCUGAUACUGAAGAGCAACUCCGCCGCGAGCUGGAGGAGGCACAAAAGCAGCUGCGGGAGGAGAAGGAGAACCUUGCGUCUGUUCAGGCUUACCUGAGCGGCAUCGAGGAAAUGGUGAAGGAUACCGACCGCAAGGCUAUUAGGCUCUUCCCGGACUCACAGGUCCGUGCGGAAGCUGCUGUUAACAAACAGCGGAUCGAGGACGUGGUGGACGGCGAUCUCCCCUGGACCACCAAGGACUAUCUCAACGCGCUGUUUUGCCGGAUUACUCAUAUGCGCGCGAUGGAUCGGACCCUUGGCUCGCUGCCUGAAGCCGCCACCACUGUCUUCAAGUGUCUUUGGCCGGGCGAGGCUGUUCCGGAGAGCCUUGAUCUCCUUGCUGAACGCCUCCUCCACGAAACGAGCCGGCGGUUAAGCAAAUGGCGUCAUUCGGGUGCCCGCGGUGGAGCUGACACUGCGCUUCUCUUCGCGUGUUCUUGGUUUUUCUACGAUGCUCAAAGAUACCGACGAACUCUUUUCGGCAAGAACCUCCCGGCACAAAUCCUGAUCUAG